AUGGCGAAACUCAACAGCCCUAGCGGCCCCGGGUUGGCCAGCUUCAUGUACGGAGGCACCGGCACAUGGGACAAUGGCGGCGCAUCGCAAAGGGAUUGCCUCCAGAUUGCAAAGCUUCGCCGAAAGCUGUGCUAUCAUCUACCCGGAUCCAGCCCACCUGUUCCUGAGACAUGGUUGGAGAGUGCUAUUUUGGUGGCAGUCAGGGAGGGCUACCGUAUGUUCAACACCGUUCGAUCCAUCCUCGUCGCAGGAUACGAUCUCCUAUCUCUUAUCAUCGAUCUCAUCAGCAAUGUCUAA